CUGCAUUCAUGUGACCGGAUCACGUGGUGCCAGCAGGAGUAAAUAAAACAGGAGGACCAUCUCGUUAAUGAAUCACAGUUUCUUAACCUGAGCCAGCUAGAGACAAGAGGAGGAACCUGGAGCUGAAGAUUUAAAGUUCACACAUAAAGCUGACACACAAGCUACAGUAAAAUGUGGCGUGCAGCCUUCCUUUUAUUGGCUGCCAGCUUGUCGGUGAGCCUGGCCAGACCCCGCCUCACUCCACUGUCCAGUGAGAUGGUCAACUACAUCAACAAGAUCAACACUACCUGGACGGCUGGUCACAACUUCCAUACUGCCGACUACAGUCAUGUGAAGAGACUCUGCGGUACUAUGCUGGAUGGACCUAAACUGCCCGUCAUGGUUCAGUACUCUGGAAACAUUAAGCUGCCUACAAACUUUGACUCCAGAGAGCAGUGGCCAAACUGUCCCACCCUGAAGGAAAUCAGAGACCAGGGCUCCUGUGGGUCCUGCUGGGCAUUUGGCGCUGCAGAGGCCAUCUCGGACCGUGUGUGUAUCCACAGCAACGCCAAGGUCAGCGUGGAGAUCUCCUCCGAGGAUCUGCUGACCUGCUGCGAAAGCUGUGGCAUGGGAUGUAAUGGUGGCUACCCUUCAGCUGCCUGGGACUUCUGGACCAGUCAGGGUCUGGUCUCUGGAGGUCUCUAUGACUCCCACAUUGGUUGUCGGCCCUACACCAUCCCCCCCUGUGAACACCAUGUGAAUGGCAGCAGACCCUCCUGCACUGGGGAGGAGGGCGAUACACCCAAUUGCGUCUUCAAGUGUGAAACUGGAUACACACCAGACUACAAAGCAGACAAACACUUCGGUAAAUCUUCUUACAGCGUGCUGUCGGAGGAGGAGCAGAUUCAGAGUGAGAUAUUCAAGAACGGCCCAGUAGAGGGAGCCUUUACCGUCUAUGAAGACUUCCCACUGUACAAGACUGGUGUGUAUCAGCAUGUCUCUGGUCCUGCUUUGGGGGGCCACGCCAUCAAGAUGCUGGGCUGGGGAGAGGAGGAUGGUGUUCGCUACUGGCUCUGCGCCAACUCCUGGAACACUGACUGGGGAGAUAAUGGAUUCUUCAAAAUCCUGCGUGGAUCUGAUCACUGUGGUAUUGAGUCUGGGGUUGUGGCUGGGAUUCCGAAGUAAAAGCUAAGGCUUUGGGCUGCAGUUUCCAUUACAUGAUCACAAAAGAGACCCUGAGCUCUCAAGUAUAACUUAUUUCCCAGCUUUUAGUCCAUUUUAUUAGAAGACGCCAACUGAACAACUUGCCCACAUGGCAUGUGGCUUUCUUUUGACACCACACAGAGACCUUCACCUCAUUUAGGUGGACUAGCAGCAGGAGGAGUAUGUGACUGAGCACAAAUGAGCAUUCUUUGAUUGAAGGUGUUUUUUGUGAUGGGGUUGUUGUGGUAGGGUCUUUUUUCUUCUUCACUUCUUACAGCAAGUGAAAUCAAAAAAUAUUUUUAAUUAAUUUUGUCUCAGGUGAUUUGGAGCAAACUUUCGCUGUUUUAGAAAUGUUUUUGUCCCCUUAUAUUCACAUUUUUAUCUGGCACUAGUGGAAGUGUUUGGCAUCUUCAGCAAUUCAGCCCAUGAUUGAAAGAAGUUCCAAUAAGCUGCCUUUCAUACUUUGAUAUUUGUAUUCAACAUAUUAUCUCAAUGCCACUCCAUAAUGUUAGGAAGAACUCCUUAUGAUUGUUGCCUUUUAGUGUUUUUACAUUUUAAGUAUCAGUUGUCUUUUUUAAAAUUGGUUAUUGAUAAUGGGAUGUUUUCAUUGUCUAACUAUUGGCUCUAAAAUAUUGGCAACCAACUGUAUGUUCUGGAAUAAAGAAAACAAUAUUUGGUUCUGAA